UGCAACUAUUUGUAGGGCUGCUAUAAAUAGGGCCCUGCUGGCAACACAUGCGUCUAUGAUAGGCAGUUACAGAGACUUUCUUCACAGACUGUGGCUCCAAAGCAACAUUGACAACAUCUAAUGGGGCUUCUACAUGGAUAACACCAUUACAUUUGUGCCUUGAACACAGACAAAACUUGGACGUGAACGCAGAUCAGUUCUGUGGUACUGUGGGUGAUACAUUUCCCUCGGAUUUUGCACUUUUGCUUCAGUGGACGAUGACUUCCAGAAGACCAAUGGCCCGCUCUGUCUCUGGCAAUGGGAGGACAAGCAGCUUCAGUGAAGAGGAGGGCAGUUCUUCCAAUGGCCGCUCGGAAAGCCGCAAUCCUUACCUCUCGAACGUUAGGCCUGAAAACAGCUAUUCAAGGUAUUCUCACUACAGGUCACCGAGGAGCACUUUGUGCAGCGUCAUGGCUCAAUUGACCGAGGACAUACAGCCGUCCUUUGAGUCCACCUUGAAAUCGAAGGCAGUUUCAGAAAACUGCAAUGUGAAGUUUUCCUGUGUGGUAUCAGGUUACCCAGCUCCAGAACUGAAAUGGUAUAAGGAUGAUAUGGAAAUGGACCGGUACUGUGGACUCCCAAAAUAUGAAAUUCAUCGUAAUGGAAAAACCCACACCCUCCAUAUUUACAAAAGCACAUUGGAUGAUGCAGCCAUCUAUCAGGUUUCAGCUAGCAAUAGCAAAGGUAUUGUCUCCUGCUCGGGAGUUUUGGAGGUCGGCAUCAUGAAUGAGUACAAGAUCCACCAGAGGUUCUUUGACAAGCUGAAGCAGAAAGCAGAAAGGAAGAAGAGCGAACUAGAGGGAAACACUAAGAAGGGGGGUAAAGAAAACGUUGAGAAAGAGAGACCGCAAAUUAGCCCCGAGCGUCCUCCAAGGAAGAGGCAUGUCCCCCCACUGGAGAGGAGGCCGGCGGUCAAGGAGCCUGAGGCUGAGGAACAACUGGGAGCUGCUGCAGAACCUAAUGGACCUGUGGCAUCCCAAGUCCUGGAGAAGAAGAUAUCUCCACCUGAGGAAACCUUGGCCAAAAAGAAAAUAAAGAUCACAAAUGGUGUAGACGCUGAGGUCAGCAAAAGCAGCUGCAGCAGAACCACCAAUAUGAUGGGUAUUGGAGGAGAAAACUGUUAUGAUGGAGGAAUUGGUUUGGCACAAUUCCUGUCAGACACUCUCCAGGCCUCAGAGGAGAAACAGAACUCAUCCAAAGGGGAAACCCCUGAAGAGAUGGAUAUACCUAUUGUAAGUGUCAGUAAAGAGAGGGAGCAAGAGAUGAUGCAAACAUUGAGGGAAAAACAAGAAAAAGAGGAAGAUUAUGUAAGGGAGAAUAAUAGAGCGGCGGAACUGGCCACAGAGAGGGACAAAGAAAGGGAAAGACUGUUCGAGAUGUCGCAUACACUACCAAACACAAAACAUGGUUCACAUGCCAGACAUCACAACAAGGCUCAUAAGGAUCAGGACCAUCACAACAUACAGGCUUCCUUAACCUCUGUUCUUCACUCAGUCAAAGAUUUCUUCUUUGGUAAGAUCAAAAAGGACUCUCAUGAUCACAUUGAGAACAAGGAAGGGGAGCUCAACCCUUCUCCUGUUUCAACGCCACCAUCAUUUCGGCUGCAAACAGAGCAGAACCAAGUGGGCAAGUCUCUCCAAGAGGACGUUGUGCCUAUGGAAAUGGAUCAACCAAAGAAGCCUUCUAAAUCUGUGGAUAUAGAACAACAGUCAGCGUCACUGAAGCCAUAUGAACAUAAGCAUGAAGACAGUGUCCAACACACAGUCCAUCCACCAGAACAUAAGAUACCACCUGAGAGCAUAGACCAGCCCAGGGGGGAGAGUGUGAACGCAGAGGACAGUCCUGUGGAGGUCAUGGAGGUGUCUGUGGGGCCAGAGAUCAUUGGUCCAGGUGGAGAAAUGUCAUUAUCGAGGCUUCAAGUUCUCACUGAGGCUGAAGAAAAAUAUUCUCAGAUAGUAUCAGCUAUCAAAGAGGACUUCGUUCACCAGCAGAAGCCAGAUCACCUGGUAGUUUCACCUCAACCGUAUCAACGUGCUUCAAGAGAAGAGUCCUCACUUAGGGAUAAACCAACUCUUUUGCUACAGACCCAUGGCCCUUACGAACAGGAACGUUCCCCCGUUCCCCCUGUCAAUGUUAUCUCAGAGUCAAACAGCCAAUGCCUUGGAGAAGCACCCUGUGAAACGUUACAGGAAGAGAAGAUAAGCAGUGCAAAGAUGGGCACAGAACCUGACACAGGGGAGGGCCAUUCCUCCAAUAAGUCAUGUGAGGAUGAGAAAACUGAAGUGAAAUCAAACAAACAGCCUUGCUCGGAUAUAAACAGAUCUGAGAUUACCAAAAUAAGAACAGGUUCACUGGAAGAGAGAAUAGAGCCAUGUCAAUCUGAAUCACCAGGUCAGGUGCUUUCACCUCUCCCUGCUGUGGCUACAGACAGUGUAGAGAAAGAUAAUGUUAAAGAACAGACAGAAUGUACUUCACGUAUUCAGAAAAUGAAUGUAGGCUUUCCGCUUACUGUAGCCCCAGAGAGUUUAGAAAAGGGAGACCUAAAUAUGCAGCAAGAAUGCACUUCUUCUGUAGUAGAGGAGAGCACAAAAAUCCACAAUGUCAGUGCAAUACAGAGUUUAAACACAGGCUUGAGAAGCAGUGAAGAGGAAAGUAAAUUGAAAGAGGUAUUGAUUUCUGCUUUAGAUUCAGAAGUGAAGUCUUGUAACGAUCUUAGAACCCAAGAGGUGGAGGCAAUUUUAGAAAGUGAGAGCACUGAAGCAAUGAAUGAGUGUGUAAAGUUAGAAGUAAAGACUGAAAAGCUAAAACCAGUGAAAGUAGAUGAGUUUGAUGAAUCAAAGAGCCUUUUAGUAACAGAAAACAAGAAACACAGGAUUGAUUCACAUCAAAAUGGCUGUGUGAUUAAGCAGGGCCAGCCUUCACUGAAGAUCCCAGAGAUCAAAAUAUCUACUAUUGAAGACACCCCAGAUAUAAAUCCAACUGUGGCAGGCGUAAACCCAAUGGAACAUUUUGUAAUUCCAAUAAUUGAAAUAAUCGAGCCUGAGCUCAAAGAGCCCACUCUUCCACUAACUAUUCUGGCACCAAACAAGAAUUUUCCAAGUUUGCUGCCCACACACAAAAGUAUGCAGAAUGACAGCAACCUCUCCCCUACAGAUGUAAUAAAGGAAGUUGCGCAAUUAGAUGACAAGAGAAAUAUAUUUGAGCUGGAGCCAGCACACAAGAAGAGCAGUGAACAGCUCCCCCAGAUGAAUCAUGCAUCAAUUCCUGUUAUAAGUGUUUCAUGCACUGAUGAUAAGGAGGAUGAAGUAUGUGUAAAGGCACGGCAGACUGAUGAUACUCCGACAGUGCCUUUGUUUGUGGUGCCGCCAAUCUCCGUCACUUGUCAUGAAAGUGAUUCUGGACUCACAUUGCCCACUCAAAGUGAGUGGACAGAAACAGAAACUUCAGCUGCUCCGCAAAGGGGAACCAAGCAGGAUGCUGAUGAUGAGAAUAAUACAACUGCGGCUGAAAAAACUCAAAGUGGCAAGCAGAAGCAAGUAAAAACUUCAGAAAAGGGUAUUAAAGAAAACACUCCCUCUAUGCUAUAUGAAGCUCUGAUUCCAAAAGUUGGGGACAAUGUGCUUUCCUUCAAUAACGUAGCCAAAGACAACAUUGUACCUGAAGUCUUGAAGGUAAAAAAAGAGGCAAAGAUAGAGAAUACUGUGUCUGUAGAGGACCUCCAAAGAAACAGACCAUCUGUUGAGAGACUCUGCUUUAAACCCCCACCACACCCAUCAUUGAGUCCAGCCAGUCUUCGCAAAUUCAUGUCCAGAGCUUCUCAAGACCCAGACAUAUUAACUAAUGACAAAACAGAUGAAGAUUUAAGUGGAGGCUCAACACCAACAUCCUCCCUGUCCUGUGAGAGCAGUCCCCGUAUGAAGCGCAGAGACAGUCUGACACUCAUACGCUCCGCCACGCCUGAGGAGCUGGCCUCCGGAGCUCGUCGCAAGAUAUUCAUGCCAAAACCUAAAGAAGAUGGAGAGGGAGCAGUGGUAGGUGCCUUGGAUACUCUAAGCAAGAAGGAGAGCCCUUACAUGUCACCCAGCCAGGCGCGUAGAGCAGCAUUACUACAAGCUCCCACUGGACAAAAUACCCCACCAAUGGAGAGGCGCUCUCCUCUGCUGAGCCGCAGGAAGGCCACCUUGGAGGUGCCAAAGGUUGUGGAGCAGACUCCCACUGUGGAGCCAGUCAGCACCAAACCAGAGGAGAAACCUGCUGAAAAUAAGCUAGACCCUUUGAAAGCUCCGCAGGUCAUCCGUAAGAUCCGGGGGGAGCCGUUCCCGGAUGCCUCCGGACACCUGAAGCUGUGGUGCCAGUUCUUCAACGUGCUCAGUGACUCCACCAUCAAAUGGUACAGAGAUGAGGAGGAAAUUCUAGAAGUGAAGAGAAGUGGAGGAGAUGAAAGCCAAGUAGCACUGGCUGUUGUUUUAGCAUCCAGCCAUGACUGUGGGGUAUAUGGCUGUACGAUCAAUAAUGAAUAUGGGACUGACACCACUGACUUCCUGCUCAGCGAGGACAUUCUGUCUGAGAUACUACUAAAAGAUGACUUGGAAGUUGGAGAGGAAAUUGAGAUGACCCCGCUGCUGUUCAGCAAAGGCCUGGCGGACUGUGGCAGCUGGGGUGAAAAAUAUUUUGGCCGCAUUAUGACCGAGACUGCGCAGAUUGGAGAGGGCUGUGCUCACAAGGCCAGCAAAGUGAAGGUCAUUUAUGGCCUGGAUCCCGUCUUUGAGUCUGGAAGCGCAUGCAUCAUCAAAGUUCAAAGUCCCAUCGCCUAUGGGAACACACAGGAGAGCAACCUGCCAGACAAAAAUCUACAGAUAACUAAGCAAGAAUGCAAAGUCCAAAACAUGAUGCGAGAAUACUGUAAAAUCUUUGCGGCUGAAGCAAGACUUAUUGAGAACUUUGGCUUUUCACUAGAAGUGAUUCCUCAGUAUCUGAUGUACCGGCCUGCAAACUCUGUGCCAUAUGCCACAUUGGAGGCUGACCUUAAAGGUGAAUUCCUCAAGUACUGCAGGAUGGAUCCUAAAGGCAGGCUGGUAACACAAACCGGCUCUGAGGUGGAGCAGAAAUGCAGCACCUUCCAGCAUUGGAUCCAUCAGUGGACACACGGCAAUAUGCUGCUUACUCGUCUGGAGGGUGUUGAAACAAAGAUAACAAAUGUUGGAGUUGUGACCAAGUCAAAAGGAUACCAAGGACUAACAGAGCAGGGCUCUCCCGAGGUGUUCGAACAGUUCCUGACACACCAUCAGUGCAACUACUACUGUGGACUUCUCGGCCUGCGCUCACUGAAGUCUAUUGACAGUCAACCCACCAAGAUAAAGGGCUCCAGGAGCCCCCUGCUCAACCGCAAGCUGGGCUCUAACAGCCCACAGCUGCAGAGGAAAGGACAAAGCCCUCAGACGUCCCGAAAGGCUAGCCCAAAGGUGACUAGAAGAGUCCAGGAGACCGAGGAUAAUAAAUCAGGCGCAAAGCCCAAGCCUGCAGUAACUGUUGAUGUUCUUGAAGUGAGUUCAUUUCAAUAUAUGCUGGUGAAUGCAAAGCAAUGAGGAGUAAGGGGCUUACCAGUCAACUCUUUAACUAUGGUAUGCUCAUGCUCAUUGACAUGAAAACACACGGGUGUGUUCCCAGCAAUGAGGAAAGCUGCUGAAUGAGUAAUUUGGAUCCGACCUAUGGACUGUGGGAUAAAAGCACACUGAACAAAAAGAGCAGGCUCAGCACUUUCAGAAGCCUAUUAAUCACUAAGUAAGGCUCCCUGAAUGAAGUCUGUCAAGUUUUACAGCAACUGACAACCACCUUCCACUGAACAAGAGAGCUGUGAGUAUUUCUAGCGCAGGUAUUCAAAGUUAAAUAGUAACUGUAGUCACUUGCCUUUUACGAAUAAUAAAGACCUGACAUGAAAUCAUUAGGAAUUCCUAAAAAAGGAAUCAAUGAUCAAUGAGAGUUUUCAAAGCUGCCAUUACUUAACAUUUCUGUAAUUACAUGAUUCUUUAUCAUAUAUAAAUGAUAAAAGAGGUUGGAAUAAAGUUGAAACAUCGACCAGUGGAUGAUGGGGAAAUCACUGUAAUGUUAAGGUGUAGUGUUGUGUUAAACAAACUGUACUAUGUUUGUGUACAUAAAGUCAAAGGACUGAUUAUCUGAAGAGUGAUUGAGUAAUUGAAUGAGUGAUUAAGAAGAAUAAGUGUGUGUUUACCACAUGUGCUUUUUGUCAUGUCAAAUCAUGUCAGCAAAUGUUUUUUUAAAUAAAAAUGUUUAAAAUGAAAAA